AUGCUAUCCACCUUGCCCCCCGAGGUGCUUCUUGACAUCUUGUCGUUCCUCCCAAUAUAUGAUAUAUUCAGCGUGCAGCUAGUCUCGCGUUUCUUCAAUGACCUCGUUGAUACCCACUCGGCUUCUGUCUAUCGCAGCUUGGCGCUAUUCCACGGGAUCACGUCCGCAGAGGAAAUCGAUGUGAACGAGCUGCUCAAGAAGAGAAAUAUUUACCUUGAUUGGCUCAAACCGUCACGUAUGCUCAACUGGCGACAGCCACCCACCCCGCUUACGAGCUGGAAAACGUACGUCCUCAAUCAUUUUAUACUGGAAACCAGCUGGAGUCGAGGUACAUCUCAUGAGUUUCGCCGGAGAGUGAACCCAACCCGACCUCAUCGCAUUCAAAUCGACGAAGAGGAAGGGACUCUCAUAUCAACUCACGGGCUCCGUCAAAUUCAAGUCGAAGAUAUUAUGCACGAGAUUCCAUUCUGGACACAGACGACGGUUCCUUCAUGGGCACACUGCGAGUUUGACAAAGGCUUCUUAAUCUGGGGCCGACGCUCAGCGCAGAUUGAAGUCUGGAGACGCCGAAAGGACCAGCUUCUUGAUCCACUUCCUGCCUGCUCCCCCGAUGAACUCCAACUCGGGAGCGAACGUAUCGCCCCAGGGGCUGAACUCUCGGACGACGAGCUCUUGGCCGCGCUUCGAGCAGAAGAGUCUACUUCUGACGAAGCCGGCUGUGAAAAGUCCGAGUUGCGUGAUUUGGAGUACCGUGGACAGUUUACUCCGUUUUGCGUGCUCACGCCGCCAAAAGUCACUUCUGCUUCGCGGUUCGUCUACCCAGAGCUGGUCGUCGUGACGAGAGAUGCGACAAAUGCCUAUAUAUUCAAUGUCCCGACAGCCAGGUUGGUCAAGACACUCGAGUUGGAGGCUCUCGAAGACGAAACUGUUUGCUAUGUCGAUCAUAGCCCAACGCAUGUCUUUAUCUGCACAACUCUUACCAUGUCUGCGUACCGCAAGUCGGAUGGACAACGCGACAUGCGGCUCACAAGGGACCAGCUCUCACCCAAUCAUGUUUACAACGCAGUCGUACGACCGGGUGAACGUCUUUGCGAUUUGAACAUGAUACAGUACCUUGCUUCAGAGCAGGACGAAGCUAUGUAUAAAGAGUACCUUGCGGUCCAUGUCUCACCGUGCGGCCGUAUCUGGGUCCUGAUACAAGAACAAAAGCAUCUCUACAUAUGCACGGGUGGCUUCGAAGGCGGGGAAGAACCACUAGAGAUGACACGCAUUGAUCUUCCAGACGGCGAGCUGUACUAUUUGGCGUUUGACGGUAAGAAUAUCGCCGUCGCUGGUGAGAUGGGCAUCUUCACCUUGAGCCUCAAGAGACUUCAGAAUGCCGGCAAACCACUCUCGGCCAUUCACAAGUCGAUUUCCAAGAGCACCCUCGCGUUGAAUCAUCCUUCUGGAGUCAGAAUGCAACACACAUCGUGUUUACAAGUGACGGAUACAGCUAUAUGGCAUGUCGGGGCCACUGACAGUCUUGGAUUCAUGGGCACCGUCACGACGAUUGAUCACAUUAUGAGUCGUUAUAUUCCUGAAAGGGAUGACCAAGGGACGGCCGAUGAUACGUCUGACGCUGAGUCGGAGUGGGAGGACAUGGACGAAUAG